AUUCGGGACUUGGCUCUCGUGGGGUCAGGCUGCGUACUGGCUUGUCGUCAGCGCGGAUACAAGAUCGGAAAUAAUUCGUUUGCAAACGAUAUAAUAAUAAAAGCGUAUGCGUUUUCGUGUGUGGAGUGCGUGUUUUUAGAUUUUGUGGUGUGUCGGGUGUUAUUUUUUGGGUUAGCAGAAAGUGUGUGUGAAUUUUUAGUGAAUUAUUUUUGAGCUGUGGAAAUCAAAGAACUGAAUAUCUGAACUAUAUCAAAGGAAUUAAGACUUUUGGAGUUCGGCGGGACUAGAGGUACAUAUGUCGUGAAGCAGUGAUGACACGUCUCCGUUCUUGACAAAAAUGGCGAUCCGGACAUCUCUCGUUCUGCUUUGCUUCACGCUGAUACUCGUCUGCAGUUCUCAUAGACACGGCCAUGAUAUUUCCACUGAGGACCCUGACAUAAUAGACAUGUCAGACAAUUCUACGCAUUACGGCAAGGAUCGAGGAGGCUGGUCACAGUGGAGCGACUGGUCCAUGUGCUCGAGGACCUGCGAUGGUGGAGUCUCUAGACAACUGAGGACCUGCUCCUCACCGGCCGGCUGUCGUGGGGAACCUGUGCGUUACAAGAUCUGCAAUAUGCAGCCGUGUCGAGCGAACUCAUCGCUACUGGAAGACGAUGUGUGGCGUGAGCAACAGUGCAGCGCUCACGACAGCACCCCGUACGGUGGAGAGCUCUUCCACUGGAGGGCUCAUCGGGACGACGCCGAACCCUGCGCUCUGACCUGUAGAGGAGUUCCGCAGCAUUCUGGCGUGAGGCCAGAGCCGACUGUGUCACUAGACGAAGACGAUCAUAUCGUGGUGGCUGUGCUCGCCGCAAGAGUGUCAGACGGUACCAGAUGCAGGGCAGGAAGUCUGGACAUGUGCAUUGAUGGACGGUGUCAGCGUGUGGGCUGCGAUCUUCGGGUUGGUUCAACGAGGAGGGUCGAUGAAUGCGGUGUCUGCGGAGGAGAUGGGUCAUCCUGCUCUCGACCGAGGUACCACUGGCUGGCUACGCCUGGAUCUCUAUGCUCUGCAACAUGCGGAGGCGGUUACAAGAUGUCUUUGGCGGUGUGUCGCGACCGGCUCACGGGAUCAGACGCUCCCGAAGAACUCUGUGACGCCUCAAGCAAACCUCAAACUUCGGUCAUGAGAUGUAACACGCACCCGUGCCCUUUCAAGUGGUAUGUAGGAGAAUGGUCAUCAUGCAGCGUGACUUGUGGCGGUGGCGUCCGCACUCGACGCGUGCUAUGCGCUAGAUCGGCUAACGUCACGACCGCUGACACUUACGACCCAGGCACGAGCACAGAGCCCGGAUGCCUGACACCGUCUCCGAGGUCCUCACAGGCUUGCAACCAGCACGACUGUCCAACUUGGGUAGCCGGACCGUGGUCCGGGUGUUCGGUAUCUUGCGGUGAAGGCGUCCAAGUGAGAGGAGUGGAGUGUACUCCAGCUGGAGGUGGCUGCGACCCUUCAACUAGACCGGAAAUCACCAGGCCUUGUUCCACUGGCAUCAGCUGUCCCGCUUACAGGGAAUCUGAUGACCCUGAAGAUGAUAUAGACGACCUGCUACCAGGAGUUCUAUACCACACGCAGCCUCUCAUCCAACAAUACCCACCUCCGCAAGCGAAGGCCGAGAGACUUAUCGGCGAACCGGAUGUUCCACUUGAAGCUACCUACAUCAAAGACGAUGAGUGGGGUCCCUGUAGCGUCACAUGCGGAGAGGGAUGGAGAAAAAAGGAGGUCCAUUGCAAGAUAUUCUUAGAGUUUAGUCGAACGAUUGCAAAAUUGCCCGAUAGUAAAUGUAUGGGACCCAAACCGACCGAAGAAACUGAAAGAUGCGUGAUGGAGCCAUGCUCUAUGGCCUACGGAACUUCGUUUGGGGACUCUAGUGCCCCUUCUUACAGCGGCGCUGAUAGGUCUUUAACUUAUGGUACCUCAAGUAACAUCAGGGUGGCCCCUGGAUCUCCUGGCAAAUCAUACUCCUGGAAGGAAAAAGGCUAUACCAGUUGCAGUGCGUCUUGUCUCAGUGGAGUCCAAGAACUUAUAAUUCAAUGCGUGCGAGAUGAAGAUGGUAAGAACGCAUCACCAUACAUGUGCGACCCUCACACCAAACCCGAGAACAGAGUUAGGACCUGCAAUGAUCACCCGUGUCCCCCACGUUGGAACUAUACAGAAUUCUCACAAUGUACAAAAUCAUGCGGCAUCGGUAUCCAGACUAGAGAAGUAACUUGCAUACAUGAGGUAACACGUGGUGGUACCAACACAGUCGUGGUACCUAACAGCAUGUGUCCGCAACCACCACCACCGGACCGGCAGUACUGCAAUGUGCUAGACUGUCCAGUCAGAUGGCAUACAGGGGAGUGGACCAAAUGCUCCAAAACCUGUGGCGGGGGCGUUAAGCAGAGAGAGGUUGAAUGCAAGCAAAUAAUGGCGCAGUCCCACGUAGUAGAACGUCCGGCAUCGCUGUGCAGCUCACCUCGUCCGCCAUCCACGAAGUCUUGCAACAGUCGACCCUGUUUACUGGAUACGUCAUCGCCGGAGAUAUCUCUCGCUAACUCGUCUUAUAUUCAGCACGACCCUAAGAAGAAGAAGGUGACAGUAAAAGUGGGAGGUUCGGCGACUAUUUUUUUCGGGACCCAAGUGAAAAUAAAAUGUCCUGUCAAAGGAUACAACAGGACAAGGAUACAGUGGGCGAAGGACAAUCAGAUUAUAACGAAAUCCAAGAAAUACAAGAUAUCUAGGAAAGGCGCUCUACGAAUCACGACCCUGUCGUUCAGAGACCACGGUGUAUACACCUGCGUCGCUGGAAGAUCUAACGCGAAUUUGACGUUACUUGUGAAGCCAAGACCUGGAGAGUUCCCUUCUAGCGAAGAAAUCGAGCGGCAUAAGGCUUUAGAUGAACCGUCAUCACCUUUAUCCGACAGCAGAGCGGAUGGCAGAUACAGAGCCAUGACCGGUGGAGCUUCAGAUGAUCAGUCUCACGAACAACGACCUGGAGACCAAAGAAAAAAUUACAAGAACCGCCAGAAAACAGGUAAAACAGAUAAAGUAAGAGAAACAUUAUACAGUCAAACGGCUACUACAAAAGCAACGCCCAGCUUCAAUCCCCAAGCCAGAGAUAUUUACGACGAAAAUGAGGAAAGUGCUGUGUCUUCACGGAUGCUACCGCCCAAACGUAGCAGUGCCGGCAGGCUUCUGCCAUGCCUCCAUUACAUAGUCAUGCAGCUUCAGAUGUUUUGGAAUUUUCAGACCGUAGGCAACUCGCGAGGGCAACGGACCGUCGAUCCGAUACUGAUGUACCAGAACUACGGUUCGCAAACGAAUCGAAUUUUAAAUUACGAGGACAAACAGAUCGUAUUCCCCGAAGAUGACGAUUCUGAUAUCAUAAUCGUGAACGAAGAUUACGCUAAGCAGACGUAUAAAGAAAACGAUUUGAAUUUAAAAGAAAAUCUUCUUGAAGUUGAACCUACUACUGAAACGAGAAUUACCACAGCUUCGGACAUAAUGGAAUACGCUUGGAAGACAACGGACUGGUCUCCUUGCAAUGCUGUAUGUGGGCAAAUCGGUCACCAAGUUAGAGGAGCCAUGUGCCAGCAUAAAACAGUGAAUCAAACGACAACGGUCGAAACAGAAGAAUGCCUAUCCAGAGGUUUGAUCCCUCCGAAGGUGGUGCUCGAGUGUGGCGGAGACAAUUGUGCCAAUUGGAAAACUUCGCGGUGGUCAUCACGUAGAUGCCUCAGGAGUGGAACUGCUAUAAUUCGGCGUCGAGUUGAUUGCACUGCUGACAAUGGAAGCGUCUUGCCGCAAUCCUCAUGUGACUUCACAACGAAACCCGAGAAGAUUAGAAAGGACGGAAAGCCAUGCACGGCGACUUGGGACGUGGGUCCUUGGACUAAGUGUAAGGGUGAAUGCGGUAGUCGUGGCAGACAACACCGCACCCUGCGCUGUGUGUGGCGUACGGGGGGCGGGAUGGGCGCGCGGGGGGCACCAGGAGAUAGAGGGGCGCGGGGCGCUGGCGUCGCUUGCCGUGACCUACGCCGACCGGCAGUGUUGAGAGACUGUCCUCUACAGCACUGUGUAAGCAAUGAUGGCGUGUGCAGGGACACGUCGCGAUUCUGCGAGAACGUCAGGGCAAUGAACAUGUGCGCCUUGAAGAGAUAUAAGGAGCAAUGCUGCAAGACUUGUUCCGACUGAAUCCUUCCCCGACGGUUCCGUGAAUUAAAAAAAAAAUAGUGACAUUAGAAGUGACGUUUGUGUAACGAAUGAAAAUGGCGGUAGUUUUAUUUAGUUGGUUAAUUUUUGAUUGGUGAUGUUUUGUGGCAUUUUGAAAAGCAAUGGAGAGAUUUUGCAGUAAAUAAUCGAAACAGUUUGGCGGUCUCGUUGUAAUUAAUUUAGUAUUUUUCGUGUGCCAUAUCGCGCCGCAAAGCAUUGCAAUUUAGAUCUGAUUUUUUUGUUUUUGUGAUAAAUGCGUCGUAAUUUUUUCUGGGAUUUUUAAUAAUCAUAUUGAUUAUUUUUAUUUGUUUUGGUAGUCGCAAUUAUUUAAUUAUUAUUAAAUAAAUUUUAUAUAUAACUGAAUAUUAAUAUGAUAAAAGCUAACCAGUUAAAUCGGCGUAAACACGUGCGACCUCUUCAGAAGUCGAGGUUCAAAUGUCCGAUUUUCAUUCCAAUCCUACUAAUGUUGCAUAGCGGUAACCUACCGACCCUAAUGAUAGCACCUAAUAAUUUUGUAAGUAAAUAAUACAUUUUUCUUACCAUCAAACUAAUAGGAAAAUGAUAAGGUUAAGUAAAUCUAUCACUACUGAUGCGUUCAAAUAAAAUGCACAAAUAAUUAACAUCGCGUUAGUGAACUCGAUCUUUUUACAUGAUUUAUUACAUGACUCAAAAAUUUGCGUUUACGAACCGUAUGACGCCUGAGCUAGAGAAAAAAAUAAAGUCCAAAUUCUGAAAAAAAAAUCAGUAAAACUGACAUUACAAAUGGACGAAAAGAAAAGCGCUAAGAGAAAAUUUGAUAAGGGUUCCUUUGAAAAGGUUGAUAGCGCUUCAAGAUUAUUUUCCCUUUUUUUAUAUAAAUGAACAAGGGUAGACACGAGAUCUAAUAGUUAAUAAAGCAUUUCUUUUUAAUUCAUCAGAUUUCAUUCGCUUGAACACAGAACAUGUUUGAUAAGAAAGAAAAUUUAAGUCAUUUGUCAUUUAAGUCGUAACUUCAAGUUGAAUCGCGUUUGCUUAUUAACAGCUUACUAGCAACUUAUGGACAGUAUUAAUGAUACCAGCGUGGGCUAUUAAAAAUCGAUCGACAUUGCAUAGUCCUAGUAGGAUUUAAACACUUUUGUUUCAAUCCCGGUCCUACUUUUAAUUAAAUACUUUUGAACGCAUCAAACUACACUAAAGUAUAAUGUUUAAAUUAAAAAAAAAAAUAGGAAAAUUUUGUUCUUAUUUAAAUUAAGCACAAUUGUUUAUAGUCUCUAGUCGUAAAUUGCACUGAUCGAGGACUAUAAUGGUUAUUGCAACGUGUAAUUGAAUUAAAAUUACACAAUACAUUGCCAAACGAACGGUUCUAACAAUUAUAAUAGAUAUUUCAAUAUUCGAAUUGUGAAAUUUUAUAAAAGUCAUCAAACAAUAACAAAACAAUUUCAGUAAUUCCGCAUUAACAGUGAAUUGAAGUAGGUAAUUCAAGAUUUUAGCUACUUUAAAAAAUAGUUUUAUCUAUUGUUGACAGAGUAUAAUGAAAACCAAGCCAGAUAAUUACUACAAAAACUAUCAGUUAUAAUGUAGAUGUUUUUUUCUUUGAAAACUCCGAGUCCUCGAAAUGAUUACAUAUAGAAAUAAAUUUUGUACUAUUAUAUAGUAUUUGAAAUAAAUGUAAAUAAAUAUAUUUAUAUUAAUAAAACUUUGGCACUGUGCUACGCUUAGCUCAUUAUAUUAAAAUAAAUGUAAUGCACAAAGACAUUGAAAUCAGAGCCAAAAUACACAGCAAAAACUACAUAAUGUUACUCUAGACAAAUCAACUAACGAUUGGAGUGCCAAUGGGCGUUUAUUACGUAACAGUAGUAUUUAUAAUUAGGAAGGAAGGAUUACUGGUCCUUACAGUUUCACCAGGACAGGUGGGAUUUGCUAACAGCUGCCCGAGCGCCCCGGAGAAGACCUAACAACUCAAGAGCAACUGCUUCGCGAAUCAAUCUAUAAUAACAUAUAUAUGCACUGAUAGUGAAUCCGAAGGAAUCAAAAUAAGCAACUCACAAUAAUUGUUUUAACACCUCUUAAUAGAUAUCCGACUGUUAGUAUUUCGUGCGAAAGGGACAACGCUCUACAAAGCCGAAAUUAGCCGAACGUCUCUUUCUAGAGGUCGAUUUGCAUUAUUUCUUGCAUUGUUCACUGCACUGCACUCUAUAAGCAUCCAGUGAGACAACAGACAACCUACUUCUCUACACCAAAAACAUUGUGUAUAUCCGUGUAUUUAGCUCUGAUUUCUUUAAUAAUAAAAAUAUUGUAUAGAAAUUAAAAAAAUAUAUAUAUUAUGGUAGUUGAAAUUGCCAAAAGCGUUAGUCGUGUACAAAGACACUGUCAAUUUUUUUUUCUGUUCAGUUUUAAUCACGACUGUUAAACAUAGUUUAUAGUAUAUGUAUAUUUGGAAUGUAAUUAGAUAUAAAAAUAUAUUAUAAUUGAAAUAUAGGAUAAUUCCUGAGAGCAAUACGAUUCGCUUAAUUUGUAAAUACAAUGAUGCAUAUAAAUACAUACAUAUAAUUGUUAUUAUUAUAAUUGAAUCAUGUAAAUCACAGUAUAUAAUAUUAUAUACUAUUUUAAUUAUAAUCUAGAGCAAUAAAACAUUGCAGUAUUAUAAUUAGACAAAAAUGUUUAAAGAAGCAGUUUUUUUUUUACUUCUAAAAAUUUUUCCCUUUGGUUUAAAAACACUUUUACGACUACAUCACAGUUUUCAAAACUUCUCGUCUUAAAAUCGUAAAAAUGCUUUUAAUCGUCACACGUAACUGAUUUAAAUUGUCUAAAAUAAAAGCGUAUGUUUCUAGAAUCAAUUGAGGCUGUCAGUGCAAAAGUGGCCCCUAAUCUUGUCAUAGUAUGGAGAUAAUGAAGUUCGAAUUUACUUUUACGUAGGCAAAAAAACAAUACGCGCAAAAUAAUAAUCCCAAUGCCAUCUGUUAUCUAGGGGUCAAAAUAUGGAUAGGUUUUAUUUUAAAAAUUUAUAAGGAUUUAAAUAAAUUACAAUAUAUAUAAGCACGAAUAUGAAAAAUUGUGGGUUAGGUCACUUUUGCACAGACCGCCACAAUUAUUAGAUGAUAUUGUCAAUUAUUGCCCGCUAUCGCUAAAGUAAUGCGACCGAUACAGUUUUUAAUAUAGCAAAAAAUCAUUAACAAAACACAUUAAUAUAUUUCUUGUUGUUUUUCGCGAAGCCGCAUUGUAACACAAAGACUGUUAAUGGACGUUGACCCCGCGUCUCAGCUUAUUCUAAUAGCAUUGUAUUACAUUGCUGCUUACUGCGAAACCUCAUCUAUCUCUAUCUAUCUAACGCGUUAGACAGGAUCAGCGCUAUCAUAGGUAUAUUCAUAUUCGGAAAGAUUACACUAACACGACACGAAGUUAUAAUUCGAACGAACAUUUUUAAAAAUGAUGAUGAUUUCUACAAAUACCCUCACGAUAUAAAUCUCUGAAUGUCUCUUGGAAAUCAUUGUGAAUCAGACCUACUGGCUUGACGAUAAAACAAGCCCUAUGUUAAGUUCAUAAUUGACUUAGUAAAUGAAAUUUUAGUAUUACGUGUUAAUUAACUGUCAAUUGUUGUUACUGUUACAAAAAUAAUAUCCAAAGUAAGCGGCAUUACUAUGAUUUACGUUGUUUUAGUUAAGGGGAACCGCAACUGCGGUGUAAUAUACAUUUUAAACGAUUUUUAACUUUAUUCCGAAAGGGCAUCACGGUAAAAUUUUGCUUUUAUUUUAUUUUGUACAGUUGAGUAAUUGAAGACACGAAAUCCUUAGUAUCAACGUUGCUAAAGCUACCCAUGAAAUACGACAUCAAAAUCUUUAUACCUAGUAUACCAGUAGUUCAAUCCUUAAAACAGCUCAAUCUUACAAUUGAAUCUGGAAUUAACUAAACGCAUUGAAAUUGCUAAGAGCUGUUAUUCUUGUCUCUUUCUAAUGGUCGUGUUAGAGACAGACAAAAGAGCUUUUCGGACGGUUACUCAUCUAAUGCAAGCCAAAUACCCAUACAUCUAAUGCUUUUGACUGAGAUGUAGAUAGCACCUAAUCAGCAGUCAUAUUUACCAGUUCCGCUCUGUGCUAUUGCCUCUGCGUAUCCCAAUAAAAAAAAUUUUUUCCUACCUAACCGUUGCCUAAGGCCUCAUUCGCACGGGAGUUUUUUUAACGCGCGUUAAAAAAGCGUUCAAAUAGAACAGAUGCAUUUCCUAUAUAUUAUAUUAUGUUCAUACGUCAGCGCUUUUAAAACGCGACGCUUUUUAUUGCGCAGUGUUGCAUAUUGAACGCUAAGCGUUGGGCGUUACCGAUUACGUCACACCGAGAACGUUAUAAAAACGCCAACGCCAGUUUUAACGCAACGUUUUUAGAACGCUCGUGCGAAUGAGGGCUAAGAGGCUAUUUCAUCUUCGCGCGGACCGGUAGGUGAACUCACUUGCUCGACUUAAGGCUUCGUCAAACAGAACGCGUACUUCGCGCGCGUCAGAGCUAAACUAACGCCGCGCUAUGACGCUGAGAUGUGUUGUACUACUACGGUAUCAUACCGUCAAACAGAGCGCCAGCGCUAUGAGUGCUAUGAGCGCUGACGCUCUGUUUGACGGUAUGUUACCGGACGAAGGCUUAAGAGAGUUUCUGACACUCGCCCUAGCAAGAGCAGUGCUUCGCUGAAUCUACCACCGGAUCGACAUCGCGACCCACCGAGAAGAUCCUACGAGAAACUCGGUGGGCUGUCUCUAUCUACUAGGUCCCAAGUCGAACUAAUAGUUCUAAGAAAACGGUGACCGGUGCUUGAAGACCCUAAACGCACCGUAAGCGGAUCUGAAGGAUCCGACAAGACUAUUUUUGGGCAACGGUGGUUUUAUUGUGUAAUUAGCGGUGGCCACGAUCAUAGGGUGGAACUAAAUAAUGCCUUAAAAGUCUAGCGCAAUUUUAAAUUAUAUUUACAUCUUGUAUCAUAUGGAGCUCUGAGUAGUUGAAGAAAGCACUGAAGUACAGCCCUAUUUGUUGUCGCCAAUCUUCUCCAAUCUUAGCCUUGGUAAUAACUCGUGUUCUAAAUGUCCCACCCAAAGAUGUUACCGUCAAAAUACUUUAAAAACAGAUGUAAUAAUACUAUGAUACUUCGCAGAUUACGUGACUUUCUUUUGUUGACACUAAAGUACAAAAACAAAAUCCUGUAUUUUUUUUUUAAAUAAAACAUUUAGUUUUAAUUAGGAGCUGUUGUAUCUUGAUUGUUAUCGCCGGUGUCCGUGUAUAUUUUUAAUGAAUUAAUGUUUCUGGAAAAUAUGAAAAUACAAUUAUAUCGAUAAGUUACAGAAA